AUGGGAUUCUGGGGCUGGAUACUGCUAGACUUCUGUCGUAGUCCAGAUCAAUUCCAAUCCACUCGCUUUCAUUCUCGUUCUUUCAUGAGGCUGUUGUUGUUCUUUUGAGCUCAUGGUCCUUUUGUAGCUUGACUUCUCUUUUCUUCAACCGGACCGCUUGGGAGGAUUACGGGUUUCGGAGACCUCUCCUCAGUAGACAUCACCCGCCGCCAGUAAGACGGAGACGGCACUGUCGCAACCAUGGAGAAUGCCUUCGCGAAGCCCAUCGACGAGGUGCUCGACACAUUAGGCGUGCGCCCGACAACCGGCCUAUCCGACGAGCAAGUCUCCAGGCUACAAGCUAAAUAUGGAAAGAAUGCAAUUCCCGAGGAACCGCCCACGCCCCUUUGGGAGCUCAUUCUUGAACAGUUCAAGGACCAACUAGUCAUUAUUCUUCUCGGAUCGGCCGUUAUAUCCUUCGUUUUGGCGCUUUUCGAGGAGGAUGGCGGCUGGAGCGCAUUCGUCGAUCCCAUCGUCAUUCUCACCAUCCUGGUUCUCAACGCGGUUGUUGGCGUCUCCCAGGAGAGCAGCGCCGAGAAGGCAAUUGCUGCGCUGCAAGAGUACUCGGCCAACGAGGCAAAUGUGGUACGCAAUGGGCAGGUUCGCCGGAUCAAAGCCGAGGAACUCGUGCCUGGCGACAUCGUGGACGUCUCUGUCGGCGCGCGUAUCCCUGCCGACUGCCGACUGAUUGCGAUCGAGAGCAAUAGCUUUGCCGUCGACCAAGCCAUUCUUACAGGAGAGAGCGAGAGUGUAGGGAAGGAUUGCCGUGCCGUCCUCAGCGAUCAGAAGGCGGUUUUGCAGGACCAAGUCAACAUGCUAUUUUCAGGGACCACCGUUGUGACCGGCCACGCCAAGGCAGUGGUCGUCUUGACCGGCUCAAGAACGGCUAUCGGCGACAUUCAUGAGAGCAUCACCGCCCAGAUUUCGGAGCCGACGCCCCUAAAGCAGAAGCUCAACGAUUUCGGUGACCAGCUCGCCAAGGUUAUCACAGUCAUCUGUGUCCUGGUCUGGCUCAUCAACAUUCCCCAUUUCAGCGACCCAAGCCAUGGAAACUGGACCAAAGGCGCCAUCUACUACCUCAAGAUCGCCGUCUCCCUUGGCGUUGCGGCUAUCCCCGAGGGCCUUGCCGUCGUCAUUACUACUUGCCUCGCCCUGGGAACUCGGAAGAUGGCUGCCAAGAAUGCUGUGGUGAGGAGUCUACCAUCAGUUGAGACGCUGGGAAGCUGCAGUGUCAUUUGCUCCGACAAGACCGGCACCUUGACUACCAACCAGAUGAGUGUCAGCAAGAUCGUCUAUUUGAACAGGGACGGCACCGACUUGGAGGAGUUGGAUGUUGAGGGCACCACGUUCGAACCGAGAGGCGACAUUAAGUUGCAAGGCAAGGUUCUCACAGACCUUAUCGAGCAAUCUACGACAGUGCGACAGAUGACCGAGGUCGCUGCACUUUGCAAUGACGCCCGGCUUGAUUACAACCCACAGACGGCAACCUACUCCAACGUUGGCGAGCCUACGGAAGGCGCUCUCCGAGUCAUGGUCGAGAAGAUUGGGCCCUGUGCGCCCUCUGAUUGCCAUCUCAAGGACCGGGUUCACUAUGCUAGCUCUUGGUACGAGAAACAGUACGGCCGUCUUGCUACCUACGAGUUUUCCCGCGACCGAAAGAGCAUGUCAGUUCUCGUUCAGAACGGCGCCAGCCAAAAGCUGUUCGUAAAGGGCGCUCCCGAGUCCAUCAUUGAACGGUGCACCCAUGCUCUGCUGGGACGCGAUGGGAAGAAGGUCUCCCUAGAUCGCAGGCUCACGGAUCUCCUUCUCAAAGAGGUUGUCGAGUAUGGUAACCGGGGUCUUCGUGUCAUCGCUUUAGCCAGCCGUGACCAGGUCCAGAACGAACCCCUCCUCCACAAGGCCAAGUCGACUGCCGAAUAUGCCGCAUUAGAGCAGAAUCUAACUCUCCUUGGUCUCGUUGGCAUGCUAGAUCCUCCUCGUCCGGAGGUUCCUGCCGCAAUUCAAAAGUGCAAAGAUGCUGGCAUCCGCGUCAUUGUUGUCACGGGCGACAACCGCAACACAGCCGAGACCAUUUGCCGCCAAAUCGGUGUAUUUGGCCCCUACGAGGAUCUGACUGGGAAGAGCUUCACUGGCCGCGAGUUUGACAACCUUAGCCCCAAUGAGCAACUGGAGGCUGCCAAGAAUGCCUCCCUAUUCUCCCGCGUCGAACCCACGCACAAGUCCAAGCUUGUCGAUUUGCUGCAAUCGCUAGGCGAGGUUGUCGCUAUGACUGGCGACGGUGUCAAUGACGCGCCUGCCCUCAAAAAGGCCGAUAUUGGCGUGGCUAUGGGCUCUGGCACCGAUGUGUCCAAGCUUGCCGCGGACAUGGUGCUCGCCGACGACAACUUCGCUACUAUCGGAGUUGCGAUCGAGGAAGGACGCUCCAUCUACAACAACACCCAACAAUUCAUCCGUUACCUAAUCUCAUCCAACAUCGGAGAGGUUGUGUCUAUCUUCUUGACGGCCGCUCUGGGCAUGCCCGAGGCCCUCAUCCCGGUACAGCUUCUCUGGGUAAACCUGGUCACCGACGGUCUCCCAGCCACUGCCCUCUCAUUCAACCCACCGGACCAUGAUAUCAUGAAGCGGCAGCCGAGAAAACGCGACGAGGCGCUAAUUGGCGGCUGGCUGUUCUUCCGUUAUCUGAUUAUCGGAACCUACGUCGGUCUCGCUACGGUUGCCGGUUACGCCUGGUGGUUCAUGUUCUACUCUGGGGGCCCGCAGAUCAGUUUCUAUCAGCUGUCUCACUUCCACCGAUGCUCCGCCGAGUUCCCUGAGAUUGGCUGCGAGAUGUUCACCAAUGACAUGGCCAAGGCCGGCUCGACUGUGUCGCUCUCCAUCCUGGUUGUCAUUGAAAUGUUCAAUGCCAUGAACGCCCUUUCUUCCAGCGAGUCCCUUCUCACGCUCCCGGUUUGGGAGAAUAUGAUGCUCGUCUAUGCCAUUGGCCUCUCGAUGGCACUGCACUUCGCCUUGCUAUACACCCCGUUCCUCCAGUCCCUCUUCUCGAUCUUACCACUUAAUGGCGCGGAAUGGAAGGCAGUGCUCGUUAUCAGCGCGCCUGUAAUCCUCCUCGAUGAAGGGCUCAAAUUUUUGGAACGGACAUUCUUCGUACAAAAAUCGGCUCACCUGCUGCCCAAGGCGAAGAAGGAGCAAUAGAACAGGGAGUUAGAGGACUAGCAUCGCACAAGAUAGAUAGAUCUUGUAUACUAGAAGAUAGUCUAGUGUUGCAGCCCAGGGGUUCUUAUAUAGAGUCAUUUAGAGUGUAACCGUGUAUCGCC